AUGACCGAAUAUUCACUCAUCUUCUUCCUUUUACGACAUAAACUGUUUUAUCCUGGAACAAGAGUUUUCAAGGAAAAAAAGAUCGACUUUACCAAUUCCCAAUCCUCCUGGAUUCUAGAAGAGAAGCUCCUCGAAAGGAACGUUCAAGAUAAUGAGGCUAGUUAUAGGAUCCAUCAAGCUGCCUCUGCAGCUUGGGCAAUUUAUGUCUGCAAAAAUGUCGACAAUCCUGCCCAAGAAGCGAUUAUGAAAAUAUACAUGCAAAUCCCCUACGCAGGCUCAGAAUUCGACCCACCAGAACAUAGACAAUCUCAAGCAACAGCAACAGGACACCUCACCGGCUUCGCAGCCUCAGAACUCAGCGCUCUCAAACUCCUCACAGAGAAAGCAUGCCCGUCGACCCCAACGCUUCUGGAUUACAAACACGAUAUUCAAGGUCCAGAGGGCUUGGUUCCAGGCGGAAACGGUUUCAACGCAGGUCUUGUUCUUUCCUUGGGCACCUACGAUAAUCUCAUGUGGGAUGAUGCGUCAAAGAAAAUCUACUUCACAGGUUUCCAAUACACUCAUUCCCCAGAACCAGAUGAAGGAUGGGACGACGAGGAGUGGGAUAUAUGGGGUUUACGAACGCCGCCUACUACAGGCUUUCGCCCAAGUAGUCGACCUGCUGCUGAUGCUGAAAGAUCGAAGAUUGGAAAUCGAAAGGAAGAAGAAGAUGUUGAAGAUGAAGAAAAAGAAGAAGAUGAUGAUGAUGAUCACAAGGGAAUAAUAAGCUGA